GCGGGUGGUGUAAACCAACCGUUUGCCAGUGACGGGACAUAGAGAAUUCAAGGCUCUGUCCCAUUCUCAUUUCACGACAUCCAAUACUAGAAUUUUCAAGAUUUUUCCCUCGGUGACUGUGAGAUAUUUGACAAUCUGGCGUCUUCAUCUCUACCAUUCAGGUUCAAGGCAGGUGGUGACGGAGGAAAGAUGCCGGCCGCCGUCGCAGGCCACUCGCACCGGGCGACCACCAAGGUCAACAACAAGGCCUUCAAGUCCCGGAAGGCGACCAAGGGAGCCAUGCGAGAUCAGCUGAAAGGCAAGGUCCCAAACGAGCGCCGCAAGACACCCCAUCAGCAAGUCAUGUCUAAACUCGACCGACGAAAUCAGGCCAAGCAGAGGCAGGCACAGAAGCACAAGGCCCACCAGCAGGAGACCGUCGUCUUCGCCGGCAAGGACGGUGCCCCCCGAAAUGUGGCUGUCAUUCCUCUCUGCCCGGAUGGCGAUUCCACCGCUGCCGUUCGAGCCCUGAACCAGAGUCUCGACAUCGACCAAGAAAUUCCGCUUGGCACCGCUCGCGUGCCCGUUGACAGGUUCAAGCAGAAGCUGCAAUACGUCGCCCUGCCGCGAGACCUGGCAGCAUGUACAGAUGCUGCCAGAGUCGCUGACUUUGUGGUCCUUAUUCUGUCUGCCGAUGUCGAUGUCGACGACCUUGGCGAGCUGAUCCUUCGGAGCGUGGAGAGCCAAGGCCUGUCAACUUUGUUCACCGUCGUCCAGGGUCUCAACAAGACCGAGCCCGCAAAGCUCAGAAACUCGGUCCUCGACUCCCUGCGGUCAUACAUCACGCAUUUCCACCCCGAGCAGCACAAGAUUUACAACCUCGACAACAGGCAAGAAUGCUCGAAUCUGAUGCGCUCACUCUGCAACUCGACCCCGAAGGGUGUCAAGUGGCGGGAUGAGCGGAGCUGGAUGCUUGCAGAAGAUGUCAGGUUCGCGGACUCGGAAGAAGGCUUGACCAUUGUCACUGGCGUUGUAAGGGGCCGGGGCUUACAGGCAGAUCGACUGGUUCAAGUGGGCGACUGGGGCUCCUUCAAGAUCGAGAAGAUCACCGCUGCACCCCUUUCAAAGAGAGGGAAGAAGUCGGACGAGGGGAUGAACGUGGACGAUGAAACGGAACAGCCUCUCGCGGUUCCUUCCGAGGAUCAAGACGAGCUCGAUGACCUGGCGCCGGAGGAGGCGGCCAUGCGUGAUGCGGAUGAUGAUAUUGAUUUGGAUGAUGCCACAUCCGUGGCCCCGUCUAUGAAAAAGGGUGUUCUGCUAGACGAUCAUCACUAUUUUUCUGAAGACGAAGACAAUGCCCAGGUGACGCACCUGAGGGUCCCCAAGGGAACCUCAAAGUACCAAUCAGCUUGGUACUUAGAGGAUGACGUGUCUGACGACGGCUCUGACAUGACCGACAUGGAAUUGGACGACAAGGAAGGGUCUGAGGGCUCUGUGGCACCAGAGGAUGGCAUGGAAGGACUUGCCGACGAUCAUAUGACGGAGGCGGGGCCAUCAGAAUACCCUCAGUCAGAAAAGUUCGAGGAAUUGGAUGAAAACGACGAUGCUGCGCAGUUGGCGCAAUAUCGGUCAAAGAAGAAGAAGAACGAAGCUGAGGAGGAUCUGGAGUUCCCCGACGAGAUCGAAUUGCAGCCCAACGUCCUCGCGCGCGAGCGACUGGCGAGAUACAGAGGACUGAAGAGUCUGCGGAGCAGCCCUUGGGAUCAGGACGAGGACCGAGCACACGAGCCUGAGGAGUGGCGUCGGCUUCUUCAAGUCCAGAACUACCAAGCUUCUCGAAACAGCGCACGUAAUGAGGCCCUCGUGGGAGGUGUGCAGCCCGGCACUCGGGUCCACGUUCAUAUCAGAGGCGUCCCUGCUGAAUGUCGGGCGACGUAUCACGCGGCUAAGCCUGUGACUCUUUUCUCCCUGCUGAGGCAUGAACAGAAGCGGACGGCGGUCAACUUCCUCAUCAACUUGAGCUCUGACUAUGCCAGGUCCAUCAAGUCCAAGGAAGAGCUCAUCAUGCAGUGUGGCCCACGGAGGUUCGUCAUCAACCCUCUGUUCUCGCAGGGCGGCACCACGCCAAAUGACGUGCACAAGUACUGCCGCUUUUUGCACCCAGGGCAGUCUGCAGUGGCGACCUUUAUGGGCCCUGUGACUUGGGGCGCCGUGCCAGCUCUCUUCUACAGGAGGUCAAAGCCUGGCGAGAAGAAGGCCGAGGGUGAGCCUGACCUGCCCCUGGCCCUGAUCGGAACGGGUACGGCCAUUCCUCCCUCGACCAACCGGGUCAUCGCCAAGCGGGUGAUCCUGACAGGUCACCCGUACCACAUACACAAGAGAAUCGUGACCAUCCGGUACAUGUUCUUCAACAGGGAGGACGUGGAAUGGUUCAAGGCACUGCCCUUGUGGACCAAGAGAGGCCGGAGUGGCUACGUCAAGGAGCCGCUAGGAACCCACGGAUACUUCAAGGCGACAUUCGACGCUCACAUCAACCCUCAGGACACAAUCGGUGUCAGUCUCUACAAGAGAGUCUGGCCCCGCAAUGCGAUACAGUUGCAGGGCCCUCUGCUUGAGGAUGCAGAAGAGGGUGCAGAGGCAGUCGAGGUGAUGGAGGAGUAAGGGUCUCCUCCGACGACCGUAGAUAUCAUGAGAAGGCGUUGUGGAAUAGGGUAUCAUGUUGCUCCAGAUUAUGAUUACAAUGAAUACCAACAAUCAGCGGCCAGGAUAAUGGGCAAGCGUAUUUUUAUACAGACCUGAGUAUGUGAGGCGUAUAAUGGUCUUGAUCAUUUCAGAGCGUCAAGGCCAGGGGUCGCUGUCGGGCCUCCGCGCGACUUCUGUACCUCCUCGGCACCACUCGCCCGCCAUGCGCUGAGGAUCAGGUUGACGAUAUGGUCCACACCAACAUCCUUCUUGACCUGGGCAAAUACCGUCGGCCCGCCCUCCCGCAUCUUCCUGGCGUCCCGCUCCAUGACACCCAGGUCGGCGCCCACGGCCUCGGCGAGGUCGGUCUUGUUGACGACCAGCAGGUCGCUCUGGGUGAUGCCGGGCCCGCCCUUGCGAGGGAUCUUAUCACCACCGGACACGUCAAUGACGUAGAUGAUGUAAUCUGCCAGCUCCCGGCUGUAGUUUGCUGCCAGAUUGUCGCCGCCGCUCUCGAUGAGCAGCAGGUCGGUGUUGAACUCGGCAUGCAAAUCCUCGAGCGCGGCGAGGUUGGCGCUGAUGUCCUCGCGCACGGCGGCGUGGGGACAGCCACCCGUCUCGAUGGCGCGGAUGCGCUCGGAGGGCAAGGCACGGUUGCGCGUCAGGAACUCGGCGUCCUCCCGCGUGAAGAUGUCGUUGGUGACGGCGGCGAUGUUGUAGCGAGACCGCAACGCCAUGCACAGCGCCAGCAUUAGAGCCGUCUUGCCUGAGCCCACGGGCCCUCCGAUGCCCACAGUGAAGGCCCGCGAAGCCCACUGCCGACCUUCCGUUAUGGGCAUCUCCCGCCCGAUGUACGAGCCUGGCCCAUUCAGGAUCUCGUGUGUGUGGCCAUGUUCCUGGGCGUUGAAGCCGCCAUCGUGUGAGUGCGAGUGCGGGGCUGACCCGUCGUGGGAGUGUGUUGCCAUUCUUGGACGGGAGAGGCAGUCGACUGGGUUUCUAUGACCAGUUUUUGGAAUUGGACUGAAGGGAUCAAUGGGUUGGAGGAGGAUCUGGUGGUACAGCAGUGUUUGAUUUCGCGGGGAAGAGACAGUGGAGAGGCAAUUGAGAUCUGAGCGCGGGGUCGUAA